CACACGCGGGGCAGCGGCGGGUUCGAGGCUCCCGCAGGAGCUGCUCGGGGGGAUCCGGGAGCGCUGGUGCUGGGGGGGCCAUCCCGAACCCCCCGACCGGCACCGAGGGGAACCGGGACCCCCCGAGCCCGGGAUCGGGGGUUGCUCCGGGGGCUGUUCCUGGUUAACGAGUGAUUCCAUAUUCCCGGCUAUUCCAUAUUCCCUGGGGUUGUUCCCGGCUGGACAAGGCCAGGCUGUCCCGGGGCUAUUCCUGUCUCCCAGGGCUAUUCCUGCCUGCCCAGACGAGGCUGUGCCGGGGCCAUUCCCAGCUCCCGGGGCCAUUCCUGGCAGGGCGAGGCUGCAUCGGGGCCAUUCCCAGCUCCCGGGGCUAUUCCCGGUUGCCCAGGAGAUGCUGUACCGGGGCUGUUCCCGGCUCCCGGGGCAAUUCCUGACUCGGGGGCUGUUCCCGGCUGGAUAAGCCGUUGCCGUGCUGGGGUCAUUCCCUGCUCCGGGCCAUUCCCGGCCCCAGGGCCGUUCCCGGCUGCCGCUCCCGCUGUCUCCCAUCCCAUCCGUCCCAUCCAUCCCGAACUACAACUCCCAGCUCUCCCGAGCUCUCUCGGUUCGCAGUCGGAUCCGGCCCCGCUCGGCCCUUCCGCGCCCCAAAUUCCGGGGGGAGGAGGAGGAGGAGGAGGAGGAGGAGGAGGGGCGGGGGGGAGGCCGAGGCCGCUCCGGGGCUGCCGAGCUCCUCGGGCCCGGCUCCCGAUCCCGCUCCCGAUCCCAUCCUGUUCCCAUUCCCACUCACAUUCCCGCUCUCCCGCUCUCCCAGGACCCUGCUGCGGCCAUUUGAGCGAGUCGGUGGCGGAAGGAGACCAGGAAAAGGACGGGAAGAGGCCGGGAAGGGGCCGGGAAAGAGCCCGGGAAGAGGCUGAGGAAGAGGCCGGGAAGGAACCGGGAAGGGGCCGGGAAGGGGCCCCGGGGGAGCGAUGUCAGCGGGGGGAGCGCCCCAGGACGUGCUCCAGUGCCGUGGGCUCCAUCCUGGAGCGAGGGGCCUGGACCUGGGAUCUGGGAUGCAGGAACAAGGGGAUGAUCCCUGCCCAGGGAAAUGUCCCAAACUGACACAAAGGGGCCCCAAAUGGCCCCCAGAUGCCGCUGAGCUGCCGCCCCCUCCCCAGCCCGCCCACGCCCUGGAUCUGCUCCCGUAUUCCCGGCUGAGCCCGGCGCCACGGGCCGGAUCCCAGCUGGAUGCUGUCGGCGCCGAGAUCCCAUCGGAUCCCUGCACAGGGUACCGGUUCUUCAAGCCGGUGGGUUUGUUUGGGAUGAAGCCGCCGGAGGAGCCGUUCGGAGCCGCACGGACGGGCCCGGAGGACUCCAAGGCCCUGGGCAGCCCCUGCGCUGUGGAGCCCGGGCGGGUGAGCAAGGUGGAGCCCGAGGAGAAGCCCGGGAUCGGCGCCGGCUCCCUGGAGCUGUUCCCGGCCGCCGGCAGCAGCUCCGGCCGCUGGUUCCCCGGCGGGCAGCGUGGCCCCGAGCCCCCCCGGGACCCCCCGGCCCCCCGCGCCGGCUGCUGGGGGGCCCAGGGGGGCGUCCCCGGCCCCUUCCGCUGCGGCCAGUGCGGGAAGGGCUUCCGGCAGAAGCAGAGCCUGGUGACGCACGAGCGGAUCCACACCGGGGAGAAGCCGUUCCGGUGCGGGGACUGCGGGAAGAGCUUCAGCCAGCGGCCCAACCUGCUCACGCACCGGCGGGUGCACACGGGCGAGCGGCCCUUCCCCUGCGCCCAGUGCGGCAAGAGCUUCUCGCAGAAGGCCAACCUGCUGGCCCACCAGCGCAUCCACGGCGCCCACCCCGACGAGGGCAAGGCGCGGGCGCGGCCGGCGCGGGGCUGCGCCGAGGACACGCCCUUCGUGUGCCCCGAGUGCGGGAAGAGCUUCCGGCAGAAGCCCAACCUGAUCACGCACCGGCGCAUCCACACGGGCGAGCGGCCCUUCUCCUGCUUCCUGUGCGGCCGCAGCUUCAACCAGAAAACCAACCUGGUGACGCACUACCGGGUGCACACAGGUGAGCGGCCCUUCGCCUGCGCCCAGUGCGGGAAGCGCUUCACCCAGAAAACCAACCUGGUCACGCACCAGAGCACCCACACCGACCUGCGCCCCUUCCCCUGCGCCCAGUGCCACAAGUGCUUCAAGGACAAGGUGUCCCUCAAGGCCCACCAGAAGACGCACGUCGGGCGCGGCCCCUUCCGCUGCGACACCUGCGGGAAGCGCUUCAGCCUCAAAACCAACCUGGCCACACACCAGCGCAUCCACACAGGUGAGCGGCCCUUCACCUGCGGCGUCUGCGGCCGCCGCUUCAACCAGAAGGGCAACCUGGUGACGCACUACCGGGUGCACACGGGCGAGCGGCCCUUCGCCUGCGCCCAGUGCGGGAAGCGCUUCGCCCAGAAGCCCAACCUGCUGGCCCACCAGAAGACCCACCUGGGCCGCCAGCCCUUCACCUGCCUCGAGUGCCCCAAGCGCUUCAAGAGCAAACUGUCCCUGCGGGUGCACCAGCGGGUGCACGCGGGGCCCCCCGGCACGGUCCCCGGCACCGCCGACCCCGCCGGGGCCCCCUUCCCCUGCGGGCCCUGCGGGGAGGCCCGCGGCGAGCACGGGGGGCCGCCGGCGAACCCGCGCGGGCGGCCCCACUCCUGCCCCGAGCAGCGCCGGCCCUGCGCCGAGCACCGUCACCCCUGCACGGAGCAGCACCGCGCCUGUGCCGAGCAGCUGCACGCCUGCGCCAAGUGCCCCUGCGCCAAGCGGCUGCACCCCUGCCUCGAGCAGCCCCGGCCCUGCGGCGAGCAGCCCCACGCCUGCGAGCGGCCCCACGUCUGCGAGCGGCCCCACGCCUGCGCCGAGCGGCCCCACGCCUGCGCCGAGCAGCCCCACGCCUGCGAGCGGCCCCACGGCUGCGCCGAGCAGCUGCACCCCUGUGCCGGGUGUCCCCACGCCUGCGCCGAGCGGCCCCACGCCUGCGCCAAGCAGCCCCACGGCUGCGCCGAGCACCCUCACGCCUGCGUGGAGCAGCCCCACGCCUGCGGCGAGUGCCCCCGCGCCUGUGCCGAGCGCACCCACCCCUGCGAGCAGCCGCUGCCCUGCGCCGAGCAGCCCCAGCCGUGCCCCGAGUGCCCCCACGGCUGCGCCGAGCGGCCGCACGCGUGUGCCGAGUGCGGGAAGCGGUUCCGGCAGAAGGUGAACCUGGCCGUGCACCUGCGCACGCACACGGGGGAGCGCCCGUUCCGCUGCGCCGACUGCGGCAAGGGCUUCAGCCAGAAGGCCCAUCUGCUGCGGCACCGCCGCACCCACGGCGCCGGCCUCGCGCCCGCCUGCUCCGCCGGGGACCCCCUGGGCAAGGGCCCGGAGCCCCCGGCCCUGCUGCUGCCCCCCUGCUCCCGCGGGGCCCCCCCGGCCCGGCCCGACAGCCCCUCGGGCGCCGCCGACAUCCUCCUGCAGCUCAUGCAGGACGAGCACCCCCCGGGCCCCGGAGCCCCCCCGGUGCCCCCGUGCAAGUGCCCGGGGGAGGGUCCGGGCCCCAGGGCGCCGGGGCUGCCCCCCCCGUGCUGCUGUGCUGCCUGCCUGGCCCCCCGCCCCCCCGAGCCCCCCCGGGGGCAGCUCUGGGCCAAGGCCGGGGGCUGCGCGCGGGCCUUCGAGGAGAAGCGCGUGCCGGGAAUGCCGGGAACGCCGGGAGCGCCGGAGCAGGAGCACAUCGAGGAAAAACCGGCCCCGUGUCCCGGCUGUCUGUAACCCCCCGGGACCCUCAUGGGGAUGUGCACCAGGACGCACGCUGGGGCCCCUGCCAGGACCCCCACCCCUGCCCCCGCACUGGGACCCUCGCUGGGACCUGUCCAGGCCACCUGUGACCCACAGCAGGACCUGCACUGGGACCUGCCCUGGCUCUCUGGGACCCCCCCCCCUGCACUGGGACCCCCACCAGGACCCCCACGGGCAAGGGCCGGCCCUCAGCUCCCACACUCACCCACAGCGGACCCACGGAGCCGAGGGGUCGGAGCCGAGGGGUCGGAGCCAGGGUGACCCCUCUGGCUGGAUGUGACACGGACUUGGAGGAGCCUCGUGGGGAUUGGAUGGGGCAAAACAGAGCCAGACUGGGACAUGGCCCAUUUCUGGCUCGGGAAGACACCAAAGGACUGGAGGGGGUGCCGCUGGACCUGGAUCUGCCACAUUGGCUCGGGCCACACAGACUGGGAAGAGCUGGAUCCAGUGGCUUAAAAGUUGCAUCCACUGGAGGCAGCCAUGGGGCGAGAGGGCUCCAACUGCUUCCAGAACCUUCCAGACUGUUCCAGACUGGAUGGCGUUCCACAAGGACAUGGUUGGGAUGGAAGAGCCAAGCCCUGCCACUGCAGGAGUCUUGAGGCCCUUUCUCCUGUUGGAUGACCUGGGAUCCCCAGUCCAGCUCCGCACAGAGGAGCUGGGAGAGCACUGGGAAAACAGCCAGGAAAAUGGCCUGGAAAGGGUCAGCUCUGCUUCCAGAAGGGACCCGGAGAUGCCUCUGGUCCGGGGGGGGCGGGGGGGGCAGCUUGUGCUUCUGCUUGCUCUGGAUAACUGUGCUUUGGGACUUGAUAUUGGUGGGGGCUGGGGGGGCUUCCAGGGGCGUGGGGGGCAUGGGAUGCUUGUUGGGCUUCGCUUGGCAUCUCUGUGUCCCCCCUGGUGUGACAGAGCCAGUGGCCAGGGGGCUGCAGCCUCGGGCAGAGCUUUGGCCACGGGCACCGGGAUCUGCCAUUGCUUCAUCCCAAAGGGAAUAGGAUCUUCUGAGGGGACCAACGUGGGGCAGCCACCACUGGAGCCCCAGCCGGGCAGGGGGUCCCACCCCAGCCCUCUUCUUCCCCCAGCUCUGCUCUCUGCAAUUCUAUUUUUUGAGGUUAUUUAAAAUAAAAGCUUCUGAUGGCU